AUUUCUUUUUUCCGCUCUGGUCGCCGCCCGUCCUGUCUCCUCCCCCAGAGCUGAGAAAUAUUGAAAGUGAAAGGACGAGUAUGAGAUCAAAGAACAUUGUCUGAAAGUACAGAGAAGAUUCUGCAGAAGACAUUGCCAGACGCGUUUCAUUCCCGUUACAUUUCCAGAUGGAUCGUCCAGUUUGUCUGAUUGAGAACACAGCAGAUGGAAAAUUUCAGGUCAAUACCGAAGCAACCGCCAUCUUAUCCAGGAUCUGCCAGCCGGUGGUGGUGGUGGCCAUUGUAGGGCUGUAUAGGACUGGAAAGUCCUACCUCAUGAACAAGCUGUCCGGAUCCCAGAAAGGCUUUGAUCUGGGGUCGACUGUCCAAGCUCAGACCAAGGGCAUCUGGAUGCGUUGUCUUCCUCAUCCCACCAGGGAGGGUCACACUCUGGUUCUGCUGGACACGGAAGGUCUGGGAGAUGUGGAGAAGGGAGACAAGAAGAACGACACGUGGAUCUUCUGCCUGUCCGUCCUGCUGAGCAGCGCCCUGGUCUACAACAGCAAAGCCGUCAUUGAUGAAGACGCAGUCGAGAAACUGCACUAUGUGGGGGAAAUGGCGGAGCUGAUAAAAGUGAAGUCUAAAGACAACGAUGAUGAUGAAGCGGAGUAUUCCAGUCACUUCCCCAUCUUCAUAUGGGCGGUGAGAGACGUCACUCUAAAACUGGAGUUCAAUGGGAAGCCGAUCAGUGAGGAUGAAUACCUGGAGAACGCCCUGAUGUUACACAAAGAAGCCGACAAUACGCAGGAAAGCUUGGAGAAGGUCGAGCGGCACAACAGGUACAGAGAUUGCAUCCGCAUGUAUUUCAAGUCUCGCAAAUGCUUCAUGUUUGACCUUCCUACUGGAAAUAAAGAGGUUCUUCAGAACAUGGAUAAUGUGUCUGACGACCAAUUGAGUCCUGCAUUCGUGGACCAGACAAAGAAAUUCUGUGACUACGUCUAUAACAAAGCUGAAGUCAAAUAUGUGGAUGACACUCACAAAGUCACUGGGGAAAGUCUGGCCACCCUGGCCACCAUGUACACCAAUGCUAUAAGCUCUUCUAACGCCGCUUGUAUGGAGGACGUGGUGUCUAAUAUAUCCGUGGCGGAAAACACAGCAGCUGUGAAGGAGGCGACACAACAUUAUGAAACAAGAAUGAAAGAAAAAGUCACGUUUCCCACGGAGACUCUCGGCCAGAUUAUAGAUCUAAGUGAAGAGUGUGAGAAGGAGGCACUGAAGAUCUUCAUAAAACGGUCCUUCAAGGACAAUGAGCACAAGUUCCAUCAACAAUACAUGGGAAUUAUAGAACAUAAGAAAAGUGAAUUUUUCAAAUGGAACGAUAAGGAGUCUCGUACACAUUGUGAGGACUUGAUCAAAUCACUUUCCAAAGACCUUGAGGACUCUCUGCAGCAAGGGGCAUAUAUAAAAUUGGGCGGAUAUCAGAUGUUCAAAGAGGAAAUGGAACGUAUAGAAGAUCAAUAUAAGAAGGAGCCAAGAAAAGGCACAAAGGCUGAGGAGGUUUUCCAGGAGUUUAAGAAGUCUAAGGAGAUGCUCAGCGCUGUCAUCAUGAAUCAUGAUAAAAAUCUUAGUGAUCAGCAGAAGAAAGUAGAAGAAGAGAAAGCGAACAAGGAAAAACUGGAGCAACAGAGAAGAAUGGAAGAGCGUCAGCGAUAUGAAGAGAAUAAAAAGCUGGAGCAUCAAAGGAGGAUCAUAGAGGAGCAUUUUAGAGGAGUUUUAGAAAAGGAACAGAAUGAGAGACGCUUGUUGCAGGAACGACUCGAGGCUGUUGAGCAGGAAAAGGCGAGAGAGCGAGACAUGUACAGGUCCCAAGGACAAGAGGAACAGGCUGAGAUGUACCAGAUGCAGAUUGAUGACACAAGGGCAAGGCAAGAAGAAGCCAAGUCCUCUGGUUGGGGACCCCUUGUAGUAUCCGGGUUGACCGCAGCUGCUAUGACUUUCUUUCCUGCACCGGCUGUUUUAGCUGGUGCCGCCAUCUACGGAGUGAGCCGAAUGCUUUAAAAAUAAUGCGUCUCUAGGAAUUGUAGUAGAUUGAUGCAAAAAACAGAAAAUAUAAUCUUAUCAGACCGAUGGAAUAACAUUGAUAUUAUGAAAUAAAGAUACAAGUGUAUUGUUUUAUUGUUCUGAAUAAUUUCUUGGGUCACCAUUCAUAAUGUUUCGUUUAUAGUUAUGUUAUCUGUAGUUAUAUAUAUGAUUUAUGGGUUUUCCAUGAGUUAUUUUGGGUAUUGCAAUUUAAGGCUAUGUUCUCAUGGCAGAAUUAGGAACAUAGAAAUUCUGCAGAAAUUCAAGCCUCAUUGACUUCCGCCAUGGAACUCUGAAAAAUGUUUAUAUCAUAUUUUUGUGGAAAGCCAAAUUUCUGCGAUGGAUUGCUCGCCACAGAAAUGUUGUCUGAAUGGGACUACGAAAUCCCAUAGGGAAAUAAAUGGACCUGACAUGCAAUACCAGCCGCAACCCAAGGACAGAUGAGGCGCUCUUUUUAGAAGAAAGCAGCCGUGUUUCUCUAAGAUUUCAAACAACUUUGAAGGAGAUUUAUCAAACUCUGUAGUAGAU